GAAGAUGUGGAUGCAGUGAACCGCAUCCAGGAAAGCGCAUGAUGCGAGGAGGCGUGACGGUCCCGGGUCAUAUGAGCGUCACCAGCGGCUCCGGGGCCAGAGAGCAGCGGGGGACACUGGAGCGCCAUGUCACCGGCUGACAGCAGCGCCCUGCCGGGAUGAGCGAAGCGGAUUCAACCGGGCUGCGACCACCACACUGUGAGGUACGCUUAUUGAGAUGGCUACUCUUCAAUUUGAGCAGGAAAACCUCUCACUUUCUGUUGUUUUAAUCGGCUUGUAAAGAGAUUGUUGACGAAAUGAACUGUCUGCAGAUUUAAUGGUCAUAUUCCUUCCUCCGUUGUUGGUGUCUACAAACUCUUCGUGCAGACCUGCUCACUGCAACCACGAUGUCCAAGUCAGCUCUCCUCAAGGUGAUUCUCCUGGGCGAUGGCGGCGUCGGCAAAUCGUCGCUCAUGAACCGCUACGUCACCAACAAGUUUGACUCCCACCUCUUCCACACUAUUGGCGUGGAGUUCCUCAACAAGGAGCUGGAGGUGGAUGGGCACCACGUCACCCUGCAGAUCUGGGACACGGCGGGUCAGGAGCGUUUCCGCAGCCUGCGCACACCUUUCUACCGCGGCUCCGACUGCUGCCUGCUCACCUUCAGCGUGGACGACGGGCAGAGCUUCCUCAACCUGUCCAACUGGAAGAAGGAGUUCACUUACUACGCUGACGUAAAGGACCCAGACAACUUCCCCUUUGUGGUUCUGGGGAACAAACUGGAUGUUCCUGAACGUCAGGUGUCAGGGGAGGACGUGAGGCAGUGGUGCCGCGAGAACGGCGGACACCCGUACUUUGAGACGAGCGCCAAGGAUGCUACAAAUGUGGCAUCGGCCUUUGAGGAGGCGGUACGCCGAAUCCUGGCUUUGGAUGACAGAGCUGAUCAGCUCAUCCACACCAACACAGUGGACUUACAGAGAAAGACUCAGUCUGAUCCCACCUGCUGCUGAGUGGAGCGACCGGUAGGAAUGACCCAGCAGGAGUUCACAAUGCUUCUCCAGUUGUCACAUACUGUAAGAGUCUGACUAUGGUUUGUCAUUUCCACAAAAAGAGGAACUAGUGUUUGCUCAGCAGCUUCUGUACAAUAUGUGACACCCUUGGCUAGACUUGACCAGGAUCAGCAGUUUUAAGCCAAUCUCGACAUAUUUCAGACCAAAACUGACAGUAUUUUGUAACUUUAUUCAACAUUUUUACACCAUCAAGGGACCAAAAACUCUCCUGGACCAGCUGACAUUUUGUCCUGUUCGGAGACAUAAUUUUUAAAUUAUGAAGAACAAAGAACAUUAAAUAAAAUAACAUUUCUGAUAUGUGUUUGCAGAGUUUAUAGAUUUAUUUUCAGUAAGUGACAAACCACAAUUAACACUCCCUGAACCUCCCUGAUACCUGAAAGAGAGUUGUUUUAAGGUUGAAGGUUAGUGUAUUGAAGGGGUUUUCUGUGACAGAACUUAAACUACGUCACCCUUUAAGUGGUAACAGCUCUGUAAAUGUAGUAUUAUCACCACAAUAAGUAUCUAGAAAUGCUAAUGUCAAAGACAGUUUUGAUGUCACUGAUGGACCUGUGGCUAGAAGUCAUAACCCACAAAAAGAGAGAAGUCCUGAGAUUAUUCUCUGCCUCUAGAAGCAGAAGUACAGGAGCAAAGUCCAUUAAUGUUUACAGCUAAAAUAUUGUCCUGAAACAGCCGAGUAACCCACAACCACAGAAUUUGAAGCGCAAGAUCAGAGUCAGCGAAUGCUCCCAUGAUUUUCAGGUCUUUUAAUACACACACUGCCAAUACAGAACAACUACAUCUGCACAAAUGGUAAUUUUACAUCUGUAACUAAAAAUGUAUGUGGUCAGUUAAAUCACAGAAAAGAACCACUGUCUGUCUGGUUUAAAUAGUUGAGAUUUUAUUGGGCUAAAUGCCAUUAUUAAUCCAUUUUUAAAUCCAUUUUUAAGAUAAAGAUAAAGAAACACAAGAUCUUAUGUUGUUUUUUAUAAAAUCAGAGCUGCCAUGAUGAUGUCUUGUGUACAAUAGAUGCUAUAUUUAUUGAUCACUACCCCUCCCUCUCACUAUGAAAAGUAGAGCACACUGCUGAACCUGAAAAUGCUGUUAUACUGUGGCGUGUAUGGUCUGAAAAAAUGAAACUGAAGAAAAAUCUG